AUGCGAAAGAUGAUUCGGGACGAGCUGAGGGCGGGGCGGCAGGAGGGCGAGAUACUAGAGUCACUCAAAAGCGAGUACGGGGACUCUGUGGUCUACUCCCCUCCCUUCCACGGCGCCUCUGCUGCUCUCUGGCUCACUCCGCACACUCCGCUGCCCGCCACGCCCACACCAUGCCCCGCAGAGCAGUGUGCGGUCCAAACAGCGCUCAGCCCGCCUUGCGCUGCUGCAUACACCGCCACACCCUCCUCCCUGCCUCCUCCCUCUUCAGACGCGGGCACCCUGUCACCUGAAGAACGAGAGAGCGAGAGCGAGAAAGGGGUAGAGGGCGGGAAGGGAGGUGUUGAGGGCGGGAAGAGAGGUGUAGAAUGCAUGGGUGCAAGAAUGCAUGGGUGCAAGAAUGCAUGGGUGCAAGAAUGCAUGGGUGCAAGAAUGCAUGGGUGCAAGAAUGCAUGGGUGCAAGAAUGCAUGGGUGCAAGAAUGCAUGGGUGCAAGAAUGCAUGGGUGCAAGAAUGCAUGGGUGCAAGAAUGCAUGGGUGCAAGAAUGCAUGGGUGCAAGAAUGCAUGGGUGCAAGAAUGCAUGGGUGCAAGAAUGCAUGGGUGCAAGAAUGCAUGGGUGCAAGAAUGCAUGGGUGCAAGAAUGCAUGGGUGCAAGAAUGCAUGGGUGCAAGAAUGCAUGGGUGCAAGAAUGCAUGGGUGCAAGAAUGCAUGGGUGCAAGAAUGCAUGGGUGCAAGAAUGCAUGGGUGCAAGAAUGCAUGGGUGCAAGAAUGCAUGGGUGCAAGAAUGCAUGGGUGCAAGAAUGCAUGGGUGCAAGAAUGCAUGGGUGCAAGAAUGCAUGGGUGCAAGAAUGCAUGGGUGCAAGAAUGCAUGGGUGCAAGAAUGCAUGGGUGCAAGAAUGCAUGGGUGCAAGAAUGCAUGGGUGCAAGAAUGCAUGGGUGCAAGAAUGCAUGGGUGCAAGAAUGCAUGGGUGCAAGAAUGCAUGGGUGCAAGAAUGCAUGGGUGCAAGAAUGCAUGGGUGCAAGAAUGCAUGGGUGCAAGAAUGCAUGGGUGCAAGAAUGCAUGGGUGCAAGAAUGCAUGGGUGCAAGAAUGCAUGGGUGCAAGAAUGCAUGGGUGCAAGAAUGCAUGGGUGCAAGAAUGCAUGGGUGCAAGAAUGCAUGGGUGCAAGAAUGCAUGGGUGCAAGAAUGCAUGGGUGCAAGAAUGCAUGGGUGCAAGAAUGCAUGGGUGCAAGAAUGCAUGGGUGCAAGAAUGCAUGGGUGCAAGAAUGCAUGGGUGCAAGAAUGCAUGGGUGCAAGAAUGCAUGGGUGCAAGAAUGCAUGGGCAUGGGUGCAAGAAUGCAUGGGUGCAAGAAUGCAUGGGUGCAAGAAUGCAUGGGUGCAAGAAUGCAUGGGUGCAAGAAUGCAUGGGUGCAAGAAUGCAUGGGUGCAAGAAUGCAUGGGUGCGGUGCAAGAAUGCAUGGGUGCAAGAAUGCAUGGGUGCAAGAAUGCAUGGGUGCAAGAAUGCAUGGGUGCAAGAAUGCAUGGGUGCAAGAAUGCAUGGGUGCAAGAAUGCAUGGGUGCAAGAAUGCAUGGGUGCAAGAAUGCAUGGGUGCAAGAAUGCAUGGGUGCAAGAAUGCAUGGGUGCAAGAAUGCAUGGGUGCAAGAAUGCAUGGGUGCAAGAAUGCAUGGGUGCAAGAAUGCAUGGGUGCAAGAAUGCAUGGGUGCAAGAAUGCAUGGGUGCAAGAAUGCAUGGGUGCAAGAAUGCAUGGGUGCAAGAAUGCAUGGGUGCAAGAAUGCAUGGGUGCAAGAAUGCAUGGGUGCAAGAAUGCAUGGGUGCAAGAAUGCAUGGGUGCAAGAAUGCAUGGGUGCAAGAAUGCAUGGGUGCAAGAAUGCAUGGGUGCAAGAAUGCAUGGGUGCAAGAAUGCAUGGGUGCAAGAAUGCAUGGGUGCAAGAAUGCAUGGGUGCAAGAAUGCAUGGGUGCAAGAAUGCAUGGGUGCAAGAAUGCAUGGGUGCAAGAAUGCAUGGGUGCAAGAAUGCAUGGGUGCAAGAAUGCAUGGGUGCAAGAAUGCAUGGGUGCAAGAAUGCAUGGGUGCAAGAAUGCAUGGGUGCAAGAAUGCAUGGGUGCAAGAAUGCAUGGGUGCAAGAAUGCAUGGGUGCAAGAAUGCAUGGGUGCAAGAAUGCAUGGGUGCAAGAAUGCAUGGGUGCAAGAAUGCAUGGGUGCAAGAAUGCAUGGGUGCAAGAAUGCAUGGGUGCAAGAAUGCAUGGGUGCAAGAAUGCAUGGGUGCAAGAAUGCAUGGGUGCAAGAAUGCAUGGGUGCAAGAAUGCAUGGGUGCAAGAAUGCAUGGGUGCAAGAAUGCAUGGGUGCAAGAAUGCAUGGGUGCAAGAAUGCAUGGGUGCAAGAAUGCAUGGGUGCAAGAAUGCACGUCUCAUCCCCCACGCCUCAUCCCCACACCUCACCCCCACGCCUCACCUGUCAUGUCCAUGGCUGUGUGCUGCUGCGCUUGCAUUUUGA